ACUGUGCGAAAUUGGACGUAACGAACCACGUUCCAGCGAAAGUCUUUGUUUUUAAGUUUACCGAACGACGUUUUCUUUUAACGUUUUGGGGCCUCGGCGUUUCAUAGACGCUUACUCGCGCAGUGCGGAUGGGCGGAGUCAGUCAGCGCCCCUUUGUGAUGCGUUUGCUGACGUAAACUACAGAUAAACACUAAACAGACUCAAAACAACACACGAGAAUGGGACGCGGUGCUGUCGGAAUUGUUUCCACUCACCACCUCCGGUCCCUAUUCAGGGACGAAUAACUUUCCCCCCGGGGAAGCUAACGACUCGCUCGGCGGCGGCGGCGGCGGGGGAAGGUGGGGGGGCAGAUGAGCUAGCACUGGAGCUCGGCUAGGCUAAACAGUUGCCUUUUGCUUUUUACCUAUUCCACGGAGUUCCUCGUCACCACCGCCCACCGGAGAAAAUGGUGUACCUGUUGAACCCUCUGGAGAACCUGAGAAGCUACAUCAACAACCGCCCGCCACUGGUCAUCUUUAUGAUCAGUGUCAGCGCUCUGGCCAUCGCCUUCCUCACCAUUGGUUACUUCUUCAAGAUCAAGGAGAUCAAGUCUCCAGAGUUGACCGAGGACUGGAACACAUUCCUGCUGCGCUACAACGAGCUUGACUUCUGCGUGUCAGAGAAUGAGACCAUCAAGCACGGCCUCAACGAGUCCACCACGCCUGAGAGCCUGGCGGCGACCAGCGGGCAGGCUCGCCCCAGCACGCCGGGGCCGCUGCUCUCUGAAGACUCGGGUUCCAUCAAUAUCUCGGUGGCCAUCACGCUCACGCUGGACCCCCAGCGGCCCUUCGGCGGCUACUCCCGCAACAUCACCCACCUGUACGCCACCGUGCUGGGACAGCAGGUCGGCUUGUCUGGCCGGGAAGCCCACGAAGAGAUCAACAUCACGUUCACACUGCCCGUGUCCUGGAACGCCGAAGACUGCAUCCUGCACGGCCACUGCGAACAGGUGGUGUUCAGCACAUGCAUGACCAUCACGGCGGCCACCAACAUCUUCCCGGUCACAGUGCAGCCGCCGCACUGCAUGCCAGAGACGUACACCAACGCCACCUCUUGGUACAAGGUGGUCACCACCGUGCGGGACUCAGACACCAAGUACAGCCAGGACUACAACCCCUUCUGGUGCUACAAGGGCGCCGUGGGCAAGGUGUACCACGCCCUCAAUCCCAAACUCACCGUCAUCGUGCCCGACGACGAUCGCUCCCUCAUCAACCUGCACCUGAUGCACACCAGCUACUUCCUGUUCGUCAUGGUCAUCACCAUGUUCUGCUACGCCGUCAUCAAGGGCAGGCCCGGCAAAUUGCGGCAAAGUAGCCCCGAUUUCUACCCCGAGAAGGUGGCACUGUCAGAAGGCUAAGAAGGUACAAGAAGAUCCCUGAAGGUAACAUGAUAGCUUAAAAACAAACAAAAAAACGUAACACCCAGAGACGACUCACAGAGUUGCCAGGCGGACUCUCAAGAAUGAUUUCAAAACUCCUUGCAAUGAUGUUGGGUUGAUCCAACCAAAGAUACAAGUGCCUGCCAUCUGUGGUGUAAAUAUGUGUUGAGAAACCUUUUUUUUUUUUUCUUUGGCAUAUUUCUCUUUUUGUAUUUUAUUUUUUUUUUGUAAGGGAUUACUGUUGAUUUGCCUCUGGAGUCCUCCGGUGCCAUAUCGGGACAAUGCAGUACAAUGAGCAAGCAGCAUGCAUCUUCCAAUAUACUUUUGUCCGAAUUAAACACACGGGAAGUAUACUAAAGCAAAAAGAUCUGCCUAACAGGACUCAGAGGAGCACUUUUUCUAGGAUCAGGUAUAUUUCUUUAGCCACAGCAAAAUUGUUGGCAUCUGUUCCAUAAUUGUUAGCUAGCAUGCUAAUGCUACACAGUCUUAGCUGAGAACGGUCCAAAUUAGUUGGUUUAUCAAAAUCACUAAGCAAGACACUUCACACUUUCCCUGCACCGGACGGACCCAUGCAGCAAAAUGUUUGCUGGACAGGAGAAUUCAUAGCAUUAAUGCUAUGAGAAUUAUUAACUGGCAGAUCCAAAGCUAAAUUUUUAGUGUGGGUUAACACACUGACCGUUGAAAUUUCUUUUUAAGGCACUCAAGUAACCUAAUGUUACUGGAAUGAAAACCUUGGAGUUGGAGAAAGCAUACCUCCGUUUGAGCUGAAUUGUUAGCAGCAUAUUUUUGUUUGUUUGUUACUGCGACCCAGGAUGUAGCACGCUGACUAACAAAAUGUACGAUCUGAGCGCACAUCUUACGUUAGCCGUGAACCAGAGAGGAGCAUGCUUACUAUCAAACCGUACGACCUGAAUGGGGAUUUGUGACAUCUUAGGUUAGCUGUGAACCAGAAGGUAGCAUGCUAAAUCACCCAUGGUACAACUUGAACGCGCAUUUGUGACAUCUUACAUAAACAAGGAAGUCACACACUAAUGAAAAAGCACGAGCUGAACAUGCAUUUGCAACAUCUGGAUUUACAUUACCGAGAAUGCAGAUUAACAUUGAAGUAGCAUAUGACUGGGAUAUAUUAGUAGACUAGCAUUAUUAUUUUUUUACUGUAUUUUAGAAGAGCAGCAUAGUUACAUAGCUAGUAACAUUUGAUUCAUGAGACUCUCUCUUCAUUGGGCUCCGCCAGUGACCUAAACCCGAAGUAAAUGAUCCGUUUUGUUUUGUUGGGAAACAAAGUCAAAUUUCUCAAGUUAAAACGUAAAACUUUAUCACGUAAUAACGUGAUUCUGAAUUUUAUUUUUUUCCUGAUGUGGCAGCAAUACCCUUCCGUAAGUUAGCAUGCUACUUUCUGGUUCACAUCACGAAUGCGCAGAUGGUGGCAUUUCGCCUAUGGUAGCGGUCAACCAGGAAGUAGCAGGCUUACGAUCAAACAAGUUGACCGCACAUUUGUGGCAUCUUACGUUAGCUGUGAACCAGGAAGUAGCAUUUUGAGAAACGGCACAACCUGCCAUUUAACUCUAACCCGUUGGUUAACAAGCUUGAUAUUUUCUGGUUCAUGGCUACUUCAAGACAUUAGGAAUACGCUGAGCACUUUUUCAAGAAAGUGUCAAUAACACUGAUAAACGUCUUAAUGAUUAAUCGUUUAUAGUCGUAAGUAACGUUCAUGUUGUUCAAGUCAUGCCAUUUGUUAGCGGGCGUACUUAAAUUGCAAGUCUCCACUUAGGCUACAUUGUUAGCAUCGCAGUGUUUUCGCCUCUGUUUGUUAGUUAGCAUGCUACUUCCUUGUCCGUGGCUAACGUCAGGAAUGUGCGGACGGUGGCGUCCGAGUUGUAGUGUCUCAAAAUGCAAAACUUCUUCCUUAGCUUGCGCUGGCUAUUAAAAAAAAUAAAAUCCUAAACAGUAUUUUACGCAAUCACCAUGUUUCUUUAUGAAAAUUGCGUAAAGGUGGUCCGUCUGGGUUCAUGCUUGCUAAAAAAUUUAGUCCUUUUGGGAAAAAAAAAAAAAAGAAAUUUAUUAUUUUAAGAAUGUUUUAAUGUUAGCUUUUGACUGCGCAACAUAAUGAAUACUUAUGUUCAAGUCUCAUUGUGUUACUAGAAUGAAAGUCUUCGCAUGGGCUAUAUUGUUAGAAUCAAUUUUUUUUUUUUUUCUGUCCAUUCAUUUGUUAGUUAAUAUUCUUAUACUAUACGUAACAAAUGUGCAGAUUGUGGCGUUCGAGUCGCAGUAACUCAGAAAGUGAAACUAAAUUGAACAAGUUCUUCCGUAGUUUGAACGAGGUUUAAAAAGUUCAUAAAAUUGUUUUUAUUUCUUGGCUUUUGUUUAGUUUUUUUGCCUUUGGAAAAUCUCGUACAAAUGCUCGGACAGUAUUCAUGCACAAGAUACUUGGAUGUUAGCGUGUAAGCGGAAGAUGUUGCUGUUUCUGUCAGUAAAACAAUUUUUCUUUUGUGUUGAUUUUGACACAAAAACAGGAACUUGCCUUACCUGCGACGGAUGAAGUUUGCGUCUUCUUCGUCGUUUUCUUGAAAUCCAUGUAUAAAUAUUCAUAUCAAUCCUCCUUAAAUUAUUUCAGGAUUUUGAAUUACUUAUGUUGUUCGGAUAGUUAGCACACCUCAUAGAUUUCGUGCACAUUUUGACUUGAUUUAUUUAUUUAGUUUUUGUCUUUAUAUUCCUCCACCCAAAACAAAUUAUAUUUAUGAUUAAAGUAAUUUAUUUUUGUCUAUUAUGACAACGUGCGAAAGGAGUGAGUGACGCGAUUCUCUCAAAUAAAUAUUUGACAAUCAUUUAUCGUAAACUUUUACUUUUACCAUUUGUCACUUUUUUGGUUUUCCUGAGUAAGAGGAAAGCCUGCUGAAAUCUGCAUUUUUCCACAGUUUUUAAUUUUUUUAAUUUUUAUGAUAUACCUUGAAUUGAUUUCUAUAUAACGUACCUGUUGAAUGUACUUUGAUUCCGCUCAAUCCUGCAACACAACAUCAGAAAAUGACACCUUUUUUUUUUUUUUUUCUCUCUCCCCCCUUUCUUUCAUUUAUUAAAUGACCGCAUUGGCACAAAUAGUGGCCCUGGGCAUUUAUUGACUGACUCAACAUUAGAUGGGGGAGGCCUUUCAUUUGGAAAAUUAUGAAACCAUCUUAAUACAUUACAAUUGAAUUGAAGUGAAGGUGAACUUGAACACAAAAUAAUAAUUAUGGGGGAAAUGCAUCAAAACAGAACAUUUGUUAAUUCCAUGGAACUUAAUUAGAUUCGUAUUUUUUUCCCCACAUCAAAUGAAUUAGAUUUUUAGAUAGUACUGCCAUAUUCAAAAAAAAAUAUAUUCAUUCUGCCAUAUUCAGUAAGCGGCAGAACCCCAGUUCACAACACUGUUGAGUCAUCGCAUGUCAAUCUCAGAGAAAAAGCCUCUUCGAAUAGCACUCCAACACCAUUAAGACUUUAAUUCACCUGACAAACUCUUAAGGUGCUGGUGAGUCAGCAACUACUUUCAAACGGUGGUUAACAAUAGCGUCCAUGAACGUAAGUUUUUGUUCCCGCCUGAUCUUGAAUUCAUUUAGGAUUGCGCACCUGGCUGCUAUUUGUGGCAAGGCUUCCAUUGAAGGAAAUACGGUAGUUCGUAAUCUUCUUUGUUUCAUAUUACACACAUUACAUUAACCUUUAUAAUGAGUCUUCCUUAAAAUGACCGUGUGUAUAGUCAUAGUCAGGCAUUGGUCCCUUGCUUUAUUGUCAUCUGUGUCAGCUGCAAAUGGCCUUAUAACAGGUGUCAAAAUAAAAAACAAAAUUAAAAACCACACCUUCUAUUAAGGCUUUGCACUCAUUUCUUCUCACCACUCACUUUAUUUUCUAUGCUAUUGUGUUACGCGCGCAGAGCUUGCAGGCGAGUUGGAAGCCAAGUGUGUGCCUUCUGCGCUAAUCCAGCUCCAUUCCCCACAGUUUGUGUGUGUGUGUGUGUGUGUGUGUGUAUAUAUAUAUAUAUAUAUAUAUAUAUAUAUAGUGAGAGAGGUUAAUAAUGUGCAUAUGAACUGCUGUGAACAAAGUGAAUUAAAAGUGUCUCUCUUAAGUCAUCCUGGUGCCUUGAUUCUUCCAACCUCUCAAAAAGGAACAUUUAGAUUUGUAUCAUGCAUUUUCAUCAAUUCCAUCAACAGGCAAUUCAAUCCAUGUUGUGAGCCUAGAUCAAUCGCACGACACCUUCACCCCA